GCUUCUUUCCUGGAAGAGAAUCAUGGCCGUCUUCUUCCUGCCACUUGUCUUAACAGGUCUUGCUCCUCGCCCAUUUAAAAAUGCUGUGUUUAAGUCUCCUGCCAGGUUCAGCUGGUCUCAUCUGUCCCCUUUCAACCUGAAGAACAGAACCAUAGGGCUUAGCACUGCACUACAGCCUAAUGGAAAAGCAUAUUUCACCCUGGAGGGUCACAAAUUCAUGAUAGUUGGAGGCUCUGUGCACUACUUCCGGGUGCCCAGGGAGUAUUGGAAAGACCGCUUGCUGAAACUGCAGGCCUGUGGAUUCAACACCGUCACUACCUACAUCCCGUGGAACCUCCAUGAGCAGGAGAGAGGGAAAUUUGACUUCUCUGAGAUGCUGGACCUGGAGGCCUAUGUUUCGCUGGCUGCAAGCCUUGGGCUGUGGGUGAUCCUUCGACCAGGGCCUUACAUCUGUGCUGAGAUAGACCUGGGUGGAUUACCCAGCUGGCUUCUGCGCGAUCCUGAGUCAAAACUGAGAACAACCAGCAAGGACUUCGUUCAGGCUGUUGACGAGUAUUUUGACCAUCUGAUUCCCAGAAUACUUCCUCUCCAGUACCUCCAUGGUGGCCCUGUUAUUGCUGUCCAAAUAGAGAAUGAAUAUGGUUCCUUUUAUAUGGAUCCUAUGUACAUGGAUUAUAUUAAGGAGGCUCUGCUGAAGAGAGGGAUUGUAGAGUUCCUCUUGACCUCAGACAAUGGCAAGGAAAUUGAGUUCGGCUCUGUCAAAGGAGCACUGGCUACUCUAAACACACAGUCAUUUGUGAAGGAUUAUUUUAUUAAGCUUCAUCGAAUGCAGAAUGAUAAGCCCAUUAUGAUUAUGGAAUACUGGACUGGCUGGUAUGACACAUGGGGCAGUCCUCACAAUACGAAGAGUGCAAAUGAAAUUCAACGAACAGUAUCUAAAUUUAUCAAAUAUGGAUUCUCCUUCAACUUGUAUAUGUUCCACGGUGGAACCAACUUUGGUUUCAUGAAUGGAGCGAAGCAGGACCCCUAUCACCUAGGUGUUGUGACUAGCUAUGACUAUGAUGCUGUGCUAUCAGAGGCUGGAGAUUACACCGAAAAGUAUUUCAAGCUUCGGAAACUCUUUGCAUCUGCUUCAGGAGAUCCCCAGCCUCCAUUGCCUCUCACUACUCCCAAGACUGUGUAUCCAUUUGUGGGCCCAUCAUUCUUCUUGCCACUGUUUGAUAUCCUGUCGUACUUAGAUAAGCCUGUCACGUUAUACACUCCCGUCACCAUGGAGAAUCUCCCGAUAAACAAUGACAGUGGUCAGGCAUUUGGAUUGGUUCUCUAUGAGACGUCCAUCUGUUCUGGAGGCAGGCUCUUGGCCUCAGUGCAUGAUGCAGCACAGGUGUUUUUGAAUAAUGUAAGCAUAGGAGUUCUGGAUGCAAAUACUGCUGCCCUGAAUAUUCCUAAAAUCCAGGGUUGUCAGCUUCUGAGGAUCUUGGUUGAGAAUCAAGGCCGAAUCAAUUUCUCAUGGAAAAUUCAAAGUGAGCGGAAAGGGUUAAAUGAAUUUGUUAGCAUCAAUUACAUCCUGCUGAGGAAUUUCACCAUCUAUUCUCUGGACAUGAAGAGGAGUUUCUUGAAGAGGCUCCUCUUGCGCAACUGGAAGCUUGCCCCACCCCAUUACAGAGGCCCUGCCUUCUACUGGGGAAUCUUGAAGGUUGGCUCUUCUCCCAAGGAUACCUUCCUGGACCUCCGAAACUGGAAUUAUGGGUUUGUGUUCAUCAAUGGACGAAACCUUGGCAGAUAUCAUAACACCGGGCCUCAGAGAACACUGUACGUCCCUGGUCCCUGGCUUCAUCCAGAUAACAAUGAUGUCAUCGUGUUUGAGAAGAUAAAGAAGGGUUUUUACAUCCAGACCACAAACAAACCCCAGCUGCAAAAGUGCUGCAAAGAAAAUUCUUAAGUGUUGCAUAAAUCGCAGGAUACUCAGGAUAUUUACCACUAAGAAUACAGAACAUAAUAUCACCAACAGAAAAAUACGAUAAUAACCUAAAUACCCAGAGAAAUUGUUACAUACUCCAUAUUAUCCAUUUAAUUACUAUUUUAGGCUGUAAUCUUCAAAAUAUUUAAUAAACAAAUUUAUC